AUGGAAGGCACUCACUGCACCCUCCAAUUACAUGCGCCUAUUACUGAACUCUGCUACAUCAGCUUCUAUCUUCCAAGGGGGGAAGCCAGAGGAUUUUCAUACAAGGGCACUGUAACUCUAGACAGAUCCAAUAAAGGCUUCCAGAACUGCUACCAAGUUCGGGAGGGAUCAGACAUCUCCAGCCUUACCCAGCAUCCCAACGAACAGAUAGGUGACAUAUUUUUCAAGCAGACUCCCACAAAAGACAUUCUCACUGAGCUGUAUAAACUCACAGCAGAGAAGGAGAGGCUGCUGGCCAAUCUGCUGAGCUCAGACCACAUCCUGGGCAUUUCUUCGGGGAGCCAAGGGGGGAAGCUGUCCGAGCUGCCUGUGAGCCUGGUCCCUGAGGACGGCUGUGUGCAGAGUGCUGGUGACUGGCUCGGUGAGCUGCCUGCGAGCUCUCUCAGUAAGAGGAGCAGCCACGGCAGGAGGAGAGAGAGCUCAGAAGCCUUCCUGCAGAAGAGAAAGAGGAGGAAAGGGAGUGGCCGCCAGAAAACAGCUCUUCAGAUGGGAAAGGACCAGAUCUGCUCCAGCAAUUCCUUUCCUCUUUCUCCAACAAAACCGAAUCUACGGCUCCUAAAGGAAAGAGGAAACUUGGUCCCAAAUGGAGCAUUUACCCACGCCCUACAGAGGAGAGAGAGCUGCCCUGCAGAUAUCCCCAGGAUACUGGGUGCAGACCUUGGCUCUGGCAGCUUCAGGAGGGCCUCAGAGGGCUCCGGGCUUGGAAGAGAAGUGCUUCCUGCAGACAGCAGACCCACAGAGGCAAGAGACGACUGUGUUCAAAAGCAGCCAAGGAGCACUGGCGAGCUGGAGCCUCAACAAACAAAUUUGCCUGACGGCCAGGAGGAAGGCAAGAAGCCUCCCGAGGCAGAGAGGUACAGGGCAGGGAAGUGCAAGUUCAAGUCCAAGUCAGUAGAUCGGACUUGCAGGAGGAAACCUGUUUUGAAAGUGGUGGCCAGGAUCCAGGAACCUGCUACACAUGGGCAACAUGUGGUUAGGACCCAUCCUGAAGGUGAAGGGUGGAUUGACAUUUGCCCAGAGGCCCAACAUCAGUUUAUACCCCAAGAAACUUUGCUCACCCUCCCAGAAGCCGAGGCUAGGGCUGACGGUUCCAGCUGGCAGGGCCAGGAGAAGCAAGGGGACAGGUCAUCACAGUCCUCGGUGGAAGAAACAGCCUCUGCUUCUGCGUGUCCAGCCAGUGCUGAAGGGGCUGUGAACAAGGUUCUCCUGAAGGUGAUAGAGAGGGACAGGCUAGCUGAAACCACAGAGGGGAGAAGGCUGGGCUUGGCCUCCGACACCAGGGCCACCCACGGCUUCCUGGACGCCCGAAGCCAGAGGAGGCCUGGUCUGCCUCAGAGCGGCCUCAGACCCUUGUCUCUGGACCUGCCCCACCCCGUGGGUGCUGACUCCUCACCACCCACAGCGCCAGCAGCGGCUCCUGGCAUGGGAUUUAAUAAUUCAUCCCCUCAGUCCAGCAUACACAAACGGCUGUCACCUGUUCCCUUGCCGCCCCCUCCAAGACACCCCCGCCCUCAGCUUCAUCACCGGAUCCUCCAGCUUCCCCCGCUGCCCAGCGAGCGGGACCCUGCGUUUAAUGACUCUCCCCAUAGAAAGAGCGGAGUCUCCUCUGGGUUGCCCUCUGCUGCCACCUUGGAGCAAGCAUCCUCUGCAAAGGUCACGGAGACUGGUCAGGGAGCCUGGCCAGCAUCCUUCAGCGUGGGACAACCUGGACCGCUGCCCGGGGGACCCUUGGAAAAGAUCUUGGAGCUAGAGAAGACUACAGCUCAGCUGGAGCACCAGCCACCUCCAGGUUACUCCACAGACGGCUUUUCCUGGGACUCCUUCAAUGAGCAGACAACCAGAGACCUUCCCAACAGAGAUGGAGGUGACUGGGUCCUGGGUUACAGAGCAGGACCACCCUGCCCAUUUCUGCUGCAUGAGGAGAGAGAAAAGCCACACAGAAGUGAUUUGUACUUGGAUCUCAACCCGGACCAGAGCCCUACGGAGCUGGACGACAGGACUCCAGGCAGACUCCAGGCUGUCUGGCCCCCGCCCAGGACAAAGGACACAGAAGAGAAAGUGGGACUGAAGUAUACGGAAGCAGAAUACCAAGCUGCUAUUUUGCACUUGAAGAGGGAACACAAAGAAGAAGUUGAAAACCUGCAGCCGCCGCCCCCCGGCCUGUUCUUCGGACCCAGCUCCUCUCCCAGCCAGGGCCCGCGGAAGCCCGCCGUGGAGCCCGGCUGCCCCAUGAAGCCCCUGUACUGGACUCGAAUCCAGAUCAGCGAUCGGAGCCAAAAUGCUACACCAACUUUAUGGGAUUCCUUAGAAGAACCUAAUAUUCGGGACACUAGUGAAUUUGAGUAUUUAUUUUCCAAAGAGACAACUCAUCAGAAGAAAAAACCUCUGUCAGAAACCUACGAAAAGAAAAACAAGGUUAAAAAGAUCAUCAAGUUAUUGGAUGGAAAACGGUCUCAAGCUGUGGGAAUCUUGAUAUCUAGUUUACAUUUAGAAAUGAAGGAUAUUCAGCAAGCCAUCUUUACCGUGGAUGAGUCCGUGGUUGACUUGGAGACCCUGGCGGCCUUAUACGAAAAUCGAGCCCAAGAGGAUGAAUUGGUUAAAAUAAGGAAGUACUAUGAGACGUCCACAGACGAGAACCUGAAGCUGCUGGACAAGCCUGAGCAGUUUUUACAUGAGUUAGCUCAGAUCCCUAAUUUUGCCGAACGUGCCCAGUGCAUAAUCUUCAGAUCUGUGUUCUCUGAGAGCAUCAACUCUUUACACCGGAAGAUUGAGAUUGUCACGCGAGCCUCUGAGGGCCUGUUGAGCAUGAAGAGUGUGAAGGACAUCCUGGCUCUCAUCCUGGCCUUUGGAAAUUACAUGAAUGGAGGGAACAGGACCCGAGGACAAGCAGAUGGCUACAGCCUAGAAAUUCUGCCCAAACUCAAGGAUGUCAAGAGUCGGGAUAAUGGAAUUAAUCUGGUGGAUUAUGUUGUGAAGUAUUACCUGCGUUACUACGAUCAGGAAGCCGGGACCGAAAAGAGUGUCUUCCCCUUGCCUGAGCCACAAGACCUCCUUCUGGCCUCCCAGGUCAGGUUCGAAGACCUCGUGAAAGAUUUAAGAAAGCUGAAGAGGCAACUGGAAGCAUGUGAGCAACAGAUGGUGGUGGUGUGCAAGGAGUCUCCAAAGGAGUUCCUCCAGCCGUUCAAGAGCAGACUGGAAGAGUUCUUCCAGAAAGCCAAAAAAGAGCAUAAAGCGGAAGAAGCUCACUUGGAGAAAGCACAGAAAAGUUUUGAAACAACGGUGGGAUAUUUUGAGAUGAAGCCAAAGGCUGGUGAGAAGGAGAUCACACCCAGCUACGUGUUUACCGUGUGGUAUGAGUUCUGCAGCGACUUCAAGACGAUCUGGAAACGAGAGAGUAAAAACAUAUCUAAAGAAAGAUUGAAAAUGGCUCAGGCAUCAGUCAGCAAGUUGACAGCAGAGAAGAAAGUGGAGACCAAGAAGAUCGACCCCGCCGCUAGCCUGAAAGAGAGACUGCGUCAGAAGGAAGCUAGCGUGACCACCCACUAGGACGCGGAGCGGCU